AUCCUGCUUUCGCUGCCGGUGGCUUCAGUUUUUGACGUUACGAGUCACGGACGCUAAGAGCAGAAUGGAUCUGAAGGAUUCCCUGGUAAAUGGAGGCGUGCUGAUUGUGCACCAGACCAAUGACGGGAAGCAUCAUUAUGAAGUGGAAAAUGUGGUGAAGUACAAAAAAGACAAUGGGAAAAAAAUGUUUGUGAGGAGAGGGGACAAGAUAAUGGAGAUAAACGGCAUCAAUGUGCAGGUACUCACACCUGACGAACUGGCCCAAAAGCUAUCAGAAGGGAGUCCCGUACUGACAGUGUACAAUGCUUGCAGAAAACCCAAAGAUGUUGAGAAGUUGGACCCGCAAGAGGACACCUUGCGUCCCGUCUCCAAGGAGUUAACAACGAUGAGUUUUUCCUGGGAGAUGACGAGGGAGGAGGAGGACAAUGAAGUACCACAGGAGCUGGAGGAAGGGGAGAAAAAUGGUGAUGAGGAUGAUGUCUGCCAAGACACCGUGGAUAGUGGGGAGGGGAAAGAGUUGCUUGUCAUUGAGAUGACCAAAACCAGCAUCUCUUUGUUGAGGGGCAGGGGCUGCGAUACUCAGAACCCCUGUGAGGCAUGUCACGGGGCAGGAUGUGCCAUUAAUGAAAUUGUGGUGGUUACGGAGUCCAGCACGGUGACACUUGUUCCUAGAGGAAGUGGAAGUAUUAGUUUCACACAGCUAAAGCUGUCUGAAGCUUUAAUCAGAAAUGAGCUCACGCACCGCUACCUCAGAGGUAUCUCAGAGAAGGAGCUCUGUUCUUCUCCAAAUCCAGAAAAAAUCACCAUCUACUACUACAAGUCAAAUAGUUUGCAGAGGCCUUAUAGAGGAAUGCCAGUGGUCCUCAACUUUACCGAAUCCAACUGCUUUAUCAGAUGCUGCAAGAACGGAGACAAGGUGCUCCUACAAUUGGAGGCAUGUGAGAAGCAGAAGCUGAGGCAGAUUUCCCAGAGCGACAAGAAUGCCCUCGCCUUUGUCUUCUAUAUGAAGUCCGACCAGACGAACCAGCGAAAGUUUGAGUCAGCGCUUCAUCAAGGCUGGUUCAUGCGUAUAAUCCACACAGACUUGGUGGAAAUGGAAACGUUGGAUGGAGGGAGAGAAGACCCAUCAUUCCUCUUCGUCAUUCAGAAGUGAAGAGAAAAGUUUAUUUCUUGCUUAUUCAACAAAAAAAAAUCUCCUAAGGAUCUUAUCUGUGACUAAUAUUAAAUGGUAAGGUUUAUAAACGUCUUUUAGGGACCAAAGUGACAUCAUUCAAAGCAGUUUUUAGUGAGAAUGGAAUAUAUGUUUGCAGCUCAGAACAAGUCGAUUAACAAAUGUCACACAAACUACUUUCAAUUGAUGCAAAAGUAGAACUGAUAGACUCCACUUCUAGCAAUUGGCUAUUUUGUUAUAAAUAUGUAAGUAUUGAUCCAGUCCUAUGCGAGGAGAGGCAUAAAAACUCUCUUUCUUAUGCAUCUGUAAAAAGUGCUUUCCACAUCAUUAGUUUGCUUAUGGAGACUUAACAACAAUAACAAGCUGAUGGCAACUGGAAGAAGUUGCCUGUACAAACACUCUUUUUUAUGUGCUUUCUGUACACUUAAAGUUGAAAUGACCUCUCUGUCUCUGUAGGGACAUCACUUUCAUAACUUUUAUGGACAGAAUUUCUAGGGGCAGACAAGGGGUGGAGAGUGUCUGAUUCAGUAGUAUCAGGUUUCAUCUCUGCUUUUUGCAGAUGACAUGCUUCUUUUGGCGUCAUCAGGUUGGCACCUGCAGCUCUCACUGGAGCAUUUAGCAGCCAUAUGUGAAGAGGUGAGGAUGAGAAUCCGCACCCCUAAACCUGACACCAUGGUCAGGAAAGGGUGGAAUGCCCUUUCUGGGUAAGGGAUGAAUUAAUGCCUGGAGUGGAGAAAUUGAAAUAUCAUGGGGUCUUGUUUUCUCAAUUACAAGCAGAAUGCAACAGGAGAUAGACAUAUGGGUCAGUGUUGUAUCUGCAGAGGUGUGGACUCUGCACGGGUCUGUUGUGGUGAAGAGAGGGUUGAGCCAAAAGGCAAGGCUAUGCUUACUGGCUGACCUAUGCACUGACCGCACCACAUUGUUAAUUGACUUGUACAGACUUAUAACAAAGUGGUGGCAACCGGAUGGACAUGCAAAAACAGUCCUUUUUAUGCACUUCCACUUAGGCUGCGUCCGAAAUUGCAUACUUCCACCCUAAUGAGUAUGCAAAAUGAGUAUGUGAGAUUUUUUAGUGCAUCCGAAACAUUAGAACGUACUCAAUAGUAUGCUCUAUCCAUACUCAUUCCGGAGAAAUGUAUUAGUGUGGAUUGAUGGACACUAGCUGAGCAGAAACUUCCCACAAUGCAAUGCAGCGGUGUUUGGUUGCUAAGUGAUACGUAUAUGUCAAAAGUAUAAUAUUAAGUAUAAUAAUAUUAUUAUAUAAUAUUAAUAUUAUAAUAUUCGUAUAUAAUGAUAUUAUAUAAUGUCAUCUUGUUUCGGCCAGAAUAAACGGGA